GUGCUCACGGCCCACCACCUCUCGCCGCUUGCCCUCCCUGGCUCCCUCGCUCUUUCUCGUGGGGUCGUCGUGGAGGGAGGUUGUGCAGUCACCCUCUCCGCUCCACGUUGCAUUUUUCUUCUUCCUUAAGAGGGCGUGAAGACCUACAGCAAUGGUGCAGAAGAAGGUUAAAGGGAAGGCCAAGGGGAAGGGGAAGAAGGUUGCUGCACCACCCCUGGUGACCAAGAAAGUGGUGGUGCCAAAAAAAGUGGUCAACCCUCUCUUUGAGAAACGACCUAGGAACUUUGGCAUAGGUGGUGAUAUCCAGCCCAAGCGUGACCUGAGUCGGUUCAUGCGAUGGCCCAAGUAUGUGCGACUGCAGAGGCAGAAGGCAGUGUUGCAACAGCGCCUGAAGGUGCCCCCACCCAUCCAUCAGUUCAAGCAGACCCUAGACCGUCAGAAAGCCACCGAGCUGUUCCGCCUGUUGGACAAGUACCGUCCAGAGAGCAAGGCUGCUAAGAGGGAGCGACUGAGGAAGCGCGCUGCUGCCAGUGCUGCUGGCAAGCCUGAUGUGCCCACCAAGAGGAAGAUUUGGGUGCGUCAGGGUGUUAAUGACGUGACAACACUGGUGGAACAGAAGAAGGCUCGUCUGGUGUGCAUCUCCAAUGAUGUUGAUCCUGUUGAGGUGGUGCUGUUCCUUCCGGCACUGUGCCGCAAGAUGGGUGUCCCUUACUGCAUUGUUAAGAACAAGUCUCGCCUUGGCACUGUUGUCAGGAGGAAGAAGACGGCCUGUGUGGCCAUAACUGAUGUUGAAGCAAAUGACAGGAGCAACUUGAACAAGCUGCUGGAGUCAAUCAAGACUAACUACAAUGACCGCUUCGACGAGAUUCGCAAGAACUGGGGCGGUGGCCUCCUUGGAGCAAAGUCUGCCUCUAGGAUUGCCAAGCUGGAGCGUGCCAAGGCACGGGAGCUGGCACAGAAGCGCUAGAUACAAUAAAUGUUGAAUAGCGA